AAAACUGUAUAUUACUCUAUUAAAUAAGUUUUUUAUUCUUUGUUAAGACUUUAAAAUAAUCUACAUAGCAGCUGAUAACAAAUUUGUUCUUUGUGAUUUCCAUUGGUGUAUUAUGAUUGUAAUUAUUUUCUCUUAACCAUGAACGCAAAAAUAUUUUAUUUCAAAAUUAUUACAUGGCUCCAUUGUUUUACAUCAUACGUGUGCUUUCAAUACAAUUGCUACGAACUUCGACUUUGGGGUUCCUUCAGAUUGCUCUCAAAUGGUUCAAAUGUUACUAGGAUCAUGUAACCUAUUCAAUCCAAAGCAUUGCAUGUUGCAGAGAAAUUGCAGACGAAGCCGCGGAUAUGACUUCAAAUAUAGAGAAACAUGUCGUGGAAAAAAAGUUAUAUUGCGUGUUCAGAAAUGCAGGUGUAGAUUAAAGGAUAUUCAUGAUCUGGAAGUGUCUCAGAAGUAAUGACAUUUGGCGAUAGCUGCACAGACGAUGGUGACAGCGAUUCACCCGAGGAUGCAGGUGAGCGAUCAGGACAUGGCAGGCCGCGGGAGGCAAGCCCGUGCAUCUUGGCGAGACUCCGCGGUACCAAGACAGCCAGCUGUCUCUUACCAUCGCUGGGAGUAGUGCAUAUCGUGCCUCGUGAAGAUCCUCCAGUCCAUCUUAUUGAAGUCAAGGAAUCGAAAGUUAUGUCUGAUAGCCAGCUCCUGGAUGUAGGCGUUCGCGAGGGCUAUUUCCUUAUUGAUAUCGUCGUCUCCUGGCAGGUCGUAGCGAUGUGGUACAGUAGAAAUAAGCAGGAUGACUUUGGUGGGUCUGGUAGUCAAGUGACUCUCCAGGUGGCAGUAUAUAUUCUGCUGCUCACCUGCAGCCAGGUCGUUAGUAUCCGCCAUCAGUACGUCACAGAAGGCACUGGCCACAGGUGGAGUUAGGCUUGCUUGGGCCGACGAUGUUGCGGAGUCUUCCUCCAGGUUUGCAGACGCCUGUCACCUCGGAGUCUAUCAUUUUCCUCAACAUUCCAGUGAUGUGACGUACAUGGAUAUACCCCCGGAUAACCGUUUUUCUGUACACUGUUCUUUUCUUUCGAUAUCCUUUAUAAUUAUUAUUUUUACAUAUGCUUGAUAAUUAAAUCUUAUUCCCACUUU